CAGAAAAAAAACUAUAUUCCUCACCUGAUCCAAACAAAUAUAAAAUACAUCUACACCAAGAUCAGUGCAACAUUUAUUGCCACAUUGGACCCAUCUAACUCCAGCAAAUGCUAUGUAACAAAAUUAUCCCAGAAGGCAAAGUUGACUCAGCAGGAUUUGAACUCAGGAUAUAAAGAGGCAUAAAUUAAUACCACUUGUUUGAAGAGAAUCCAUAACAGUGUGUGAACAAUGAACCGACAGCUUGUCAAGUCAAUUGGCAAUCUGACUGCCCGUCUCUCACGGUGUCAAAUUUCUACAUCGGCUGUUUUGGGAAACCAGAGUGCAGUUCUUGGUCAAGAGGCUCGAGAUAAGAUCCAUCCCAGAAUUGGCAACAGAGAGAUUGUUGGUUUUGGUAUUAAUGGCAGUGCGAGCUACUUCGAUAUCCCAGAAAUUCCUUUCCCUGCAAUUCGGUUUAAAGAAAGCACCGGUGAAAAUUUGGCCCUCUUGGACAAACAGGCGGCAGACUGGAAAACCCUCACCCUUCAAGAAAAGAAAGAUUUAUAUCGCAUCAGCUUCUGUCAAACUUAUGCUGAAAUGCAUGCUCCAACAGGAGACUGGAAAAGAAUCAUAUCUUUCUUUCUAAUGAGCUGCAGUUUAACUGGCUGGAUUAUUAUAUGGAUGAAGCUGUACGUGUAUCCACCUGUUCCACACAGUCUCACUCAAGAGUGGCAGGAUGCUAUGUUGGAGAAAAUGAUAGCUCAAAGAGUCAACCCUAUUGAAGGUGUUUCUUCUCAAUAUGAUUAUGAGAAUGAACGUUGGAAAAAUUAAUUACAUGGCAUCUUAGGCAAACUUCAAGAUAUUUAGUGACUUUACACCAUUUGAAAGUUAUUUAUUAACUGGAAAUAAACAGGUGUUUAAUUUGA